UUUGAAGAAAGAGCAGCCGAAUUUCACAAGCAUCAUGGGUAAUUAACCAGACAACUAAUUUACAUUUUGUUAAUUAACAAAUCAUUCUAUUAUCUUAUGAUUGUGGUUAUUAAUUAUUAAUAUUAUUUUUGUGUAAAACUUUUAAACAUGGUUGAUCUUAUGACUGAUAUUUCUUAAUGUCAGUGACCAGCAAUCAGCAUGUCUUUCUGGCUAUAUACUAGUCUAGAUGCUCUAUCACACAGAGCCACAGAAGACUCGUGGGAGUCAAUUAGAGGUCAUUAAAUUAGGGUCAUGUGACAAACAUCCUAAAUGCUGCUGGGACUGAAAUGUUGUUAGGUUUAUAACCUUAAUCAAAUUUUUUUAGCCUUCCCUCUCCUCUCCCCACCAUAAUAAAGAUGUGCAGAUUAUGUUGGCCAGGCCUUGGUACCUCUAUUUUACUACUUAAGGGCCAUAGGUACAGCUGUCUGUGUGAAAAACUGAUAAAUAUAAUUUAUCUUUUUAGAGGCCAAAGCCCAGCUGAUGCUGAGUUCAAUUUUCUUGAGGUUGCAAAAAACUUGGAUUUGUAUGGAGUAGAUCUUCACUUUGCUAAGGUACAUAAGUGCAUUUUUAUCAUGUUGAUAAAUGAGCAACCAAACCUACCAAUAAUUAUUGACACCUCUUUAACCCUUAAAGUUGGUUUUCACUAGCAAUGGAGUCGGAGUGGGAGUCAGAGUUGUAAUCAGAAGUGUAGAACUUUAUGACCCGAUCUAGUGAAAACAGCAUUUCAAUAAAGAGGAUAGACUUAAUAAUUCAGUUCUUGUACUUUAUGCCGCUGAAUGUACCCUGCGAGCAGAGACUACAUUUUCGCUGUGUGAGCUGGUGUGCGAAAAGUAGCUUCUGCCGACAACCAUUCUAAUCCGUCCAGAAAUCUGGACUCAUAAAUUAAGAAACAGGUUUUUUGCUGUUCUUGACUGGUUUAAUUUAGAGCAUUGCGUGAGUCUUGCGUGAGUCUUGUGUAGCAGAUCAGAGCUGUCGUAAUUUUUUUAUUCCUGCGAAACUCGUGCCAUUUGACAACAGACCUGACAAUUAAUUUUGCUUGGGAACUGCAUGACGAAUUUCAUGCAUUCAUGAGAGAAAAUUGAAUGGUUGUCAGCAGAGGCUACUUUUUGCAGGACAGCUCACACAGCGAAAAUGUGGCCUCUGCUUGCAGGGUAUGCUGAAUGCUGCUGUGGAUCCGUAAUGAAGGGUUGAGUUCUUUGUUGAACACCCUGAAUCACUUGCUGCAUGUAAUCUCUCCUGACUGUUUUCGCUGAAGCUUGGUAAAUCAUACAAACAUGUAGACUCAUGACACCCCUGUUAAACCUUUGUUCUCUCCCUUGAUGGGCCUUCUUUUUAGGAUCACGACGGCCUUGACCUUCACAUUGGAAUUUCUCCCCUUGGCUUGACUGUUUACCACAACAGAUGUAAAAUAAACUUCUUUCCAUGGUAUGUAGGGUUUACUAUUAGACUACAAAACCAUCAUCUCAUUAUCAGAAUUGUUUUUGUUGGUUUUUGCGGUGGUACUGUGCCAUAGGGAAACAACCAAUCAUAUCUGAAUAUUUAUAUAUGUAUGUAAGACUAGCCUGAAAGCCAUAGUCUGAUAACAUGCAGCUGUGUUUUGAUCUCUAAUGUGACUGGUCAUGAUAUAUUUAACAUUUUUUUUAGAUAUUUCAGAGAUUCAUGAUUUGUGUUUGACAGAAGUCUUUUUGGCACUGCAGAGGAUAAUCCAGUUAAUUAUUGUUCCUCAACAGAGGCAAACAUUUUGAAUUGCACUACAGAAACGUCUGUAUUUUUUUUAAAACUGUUUUCUGUAGUAGUGAAGGAGUUAAGGUUAUAUUUCAGGAACUUUGUGAUUCAUUUAUUUGUUUUUUAAUCUGUUUUCUUGGCAGGUCAAAAGUUGUCAAAGUUUGCUUCAAAAGAAAACGAUUCUUUGUGCAGAUCAGACCGGACUGGGUAAAAAUAGUUUUGUUUUUCAUACAUAUACAAUAUUCUGCACCUUCCACCAAUAAUUUUGCUAAUGCACGCAGUUUCCAAACCUUGAUGACUGUCUCGUACAGCUGUCUGGCGCUUGAGGCCUUCCAGGGGAUCAUUACCUGACUCUGUCCACCGCGGCUACUGUGCGGUGGGCUGUCUCAUGCCGAGUCAGUCCUUUGUUUCACAUCCCCUUUUCCACUGUGCAAACCAAACUUGUUUAAUCAUUGUGCUAAAUCCUUGUUAGUCCUGCGGUGUUCUUACCUGACCGCGGUAUUGCAUCAUUUCGGGAAAUGCAGCACGAUAAUUAGCCUAAGGGUUCCCAACGGCGCAAAGAAGGAAAAAAAAACUAUUACAAAACGUACGUAAACAUACGUACAUUUCCUUAUAAUAUAAGCCAAAAUUUAAUUGGUUAUGGCGUCUUUAGAAAACACCCAUCAUUAUCUAAGACUCAGACCUGUGAAAACGUUUAGUUAAACUGUAUCUAAAAAUUGUGACCUGCUUUUCUCCCUCGUGACCCCCUAUUAGCUUCUGUAUGGGUCCUGUGGACCCCAGUGUACGAAAUCCUGGUAAGAGUGCUGGUCCUGGUAGGGGAGGAAUACAAUAAUUAUCAACUGAUGCAUAAAGGCACUUAAGUUAAGGUGUCCUUUCAUUGUGAUGUUUGCUCUGAUUGGGGUUGAUGGUAAUGAUGAUGAUGAUAAUGAUGAUGAUGAUUAUGGUGAUGGUGGUGGUGGAGAAGAAAAAUUUUGUGAUGAUUUUGCAUACAACCCCACUCUGUUUAUGAUCUAUCGGCGUCAUGUUUUUGUCUCGCAAGGAUAAUACUUUUACGAAGUUCGAUCGGAUUUGCAGAUUUCAAUGUGUUUACUUGAUAUACUCUUUGCUGAUCAGGUCCUCUAUAGAUCCUGUGUCUUGUGGCAUCAUCUUUUACUGUCAGUCCUUUGCAGUUGAUGUUCACUUUUUACUUUUCUUUGCAGAAUGAAUGGACUGAUAAUGUCAUAGGUUUCCACAUGCCUACUUACAGAGCAUGCAAAAACCUAUGGAAAACAUGCGUUGAGUUUCACACCUUUUAUAGGUUUGUAUCAAAUGGUUAUGUAAUUAUUUUUUUGUGGAGAGCUUUUAAAGUUGUUUGUCAUAAGCUUGAGUCUGGUCUUCUCUCUCUGAAAAUUUCAAGGUUCCCCCUUUCAAUCUUACACCAAGAUUUGGCAACGUGAUUUCUCUCUCUAACUGUUAAAUCCGUGGAUGAAACGCUAUUGUGCUACCAUUCAAAUUCAGUUCGAGCCGUUGUGGCUGUAGUGUAGAUACAAAAACGAGCAACUAUCAGGGAAAGAUUGACCAUGCGGAAGGCUACAAAUCAAAGUACAGUGCUGUGGAUAUGUGACUGUCAUUCUUGACUUGACGUUUUAAAUUUACUCCUUUCACCUCACUCCCGUGAUUUUCUUUAACCCUUAAAGCCUCAAUAUCAACCUACAAAUUCUCCACACUGACCAUCAAAAAUUUCCUUGAAUAAUUGAUUGACAGAAUUUGUUUAAAGAUCAAAGGAUUUUCUUCCAGUUUGUCAUUUUACUAUUUCUCAUAUACUUUUCUUUUGAUGAUGUAUUGAUAUUAUUAGGAGAAAAUUGAUCUUGAUCACUCUUGGGACUUAAAGGUUAAACAGAACAUAGAAAUUAUAUUUAUGUUUUUUAACUGGCACAGGUGUGACAGAAAUGAAUGUCGACUACUCUUUGAAAUCAUACUCGUGGAAGACACCAAAUCAGUGAUUUCGUUUGAUCACUUGUUUGACCACGCACUGUCACAGUCCUAUUAUGCUUAUUUACUUUUUUUUUUCUGGUUUCAUUUUUUAGGACUCACUUCCCCAAGCCAUCGAAUUCCAAGAGUUCAUUGGUGAGAAUAGGCUCCAAGUACAGAUACAGGUAAGUAACUGUCUUUAAUUUGUUUGUAUUAUGAUUUCUGGUAAUACAGUCGAACCUUCCAUAAGCGACCACCCAAAAUGCAAAGACUGAGUGGUCGCUAACGGAAGGUGGUCGCUUACAAAAAUCGAACCACAGGUCGUCUCUUCCGAGAAGAGGUCCAGGCACAUUUACUUUAUGGAAGAUCAUUUAUUGUAUGCAAUGUCUAAGUUAGGAUAUGUGACGUCUAGUUCCAUGUUGUCACUAAAGGUCUUCGUAUGUUCUGUUCUAAAUAGCAUAGUGUACAAAGCGAACACAGAGAACAGAGAAUGCGUCGAGUGGUCGCUUACAAGAGGUUAAAAACAAUGGAAAAUCUUUAACCGUCAGGCCCGCGGUCGCGUACAGGAGGUGGUCGUUUACUAGAGGUUCCAACUGUAAGGCUUUGACUGGGAAAAUGUUUGUGUUUUGUAUUGGCGGUCUCUUAUGGGAGGUGGUUGCUUACGAGAGGUGGUCGCACAUGGAGGUUCGACUGUAUAUUUUUUAAUCAAUGAGUUCAUGAUCAUGAUAAUUUUCGUUUCCGUUGUCGUCACCGUUGUCGUUAUUGUUAUCGUUCUGAUGGGCUUAUUUAAUACCCCGAGUAAUUCUUCCCAACCAGAUGGUGUUGACCUUAUUAAGAAGUCAUCUAAGAUUGGCUCUUGUCCGCCGAAAUAAAAAUCUUUUCUUUUGUGUUAAUACCAAAGACUAUCAUUAUGCAGAUGAAUAAAAUCAACCUUAAGCAUACUGUAUAUAAAUUGUCAAACCAACUUAGUAACGUUAUUGUAGUGACUAUAUGCAGGCUGCAAUUAAUAAUCUACCCGCAAAUCUCUUGCCUACCAAGGCUUCCAUGUACAAUUUCGUUUAAGGUGAUUCCCUAGUUUUGCACUGCGCAUCUCUUACUGCGCAUAACAAGAUGGCCGCCGUAAAAGAGAGCUUUGAAGUAAUAUUAUUAAAAUGAAGUUGACUGAAGAGAAACGCUAUUGGAAUUUUUGCUUGCUGUUGUUUCUUGCCGAGGUGAGACUCAAUGGGUUGGGAAUCUGCAUAACGUAAGCAGUACGCGUGUUGCUGAGUUCGACCUCCUCUCGGAGAACCUCGAUUUUGGAUGUUUAACUUGUGCUUACUCACUUUGAUUUUCAUUUAAACACUUUCUUUAUCACACUGUGUCCUAAAUGUGAUAUCUCGAUGUAAAUUCUGUAAAAACGGAUUUUUUAAUACUUUCUUCCCCCUUUCACAUACAUUCUAUUUUGAAACUCGCCCCAGUCCUCUCUCAAAAAUCGGAGAAAAUGCGUUUGGUGCACACUUUCUGCAGCUCUACCGCAAAAACGAGUACCGUGACCCCCAUUUUUUAUUUCAUGAUUUUAAUAAGGACGGUGCUUCCUUUCGAUGAGAAAAAAAUUGGCACAAAUCUAUGUUCAGUUUUUUGGCAAUUUUACUAAAUUGUACGGAUUGAGCCAUCACGGGUCGAAAAGCGCGCGUCCAAUUUAAUUCUACUUUGGAGCGUAAAGUAAAAACAAGGGCAUUAAAAGGCAUUUUUCUGGUACGUAAGUGGAUAAACAAUACAUUAAAGUCAAAUUCUGUGUGAUGUCACAUGCAUCAUCGAAAAAAUCUCUCCUUUUUGUCUAGUUUUGCGCUGCCCGCGGUUUUUGUAAAAGGGUCCUAAAUAGCCGUAUUUGUCAGCAUUGUGACGUCAAAACGAGCACGGUGACCCCCACUUUUUAUUACUUUUUUAUCAUCUUCUUGACUUGUUACAUCAGUGUGCCAAGUUUUAGCUAAAAUCUAUGUUAGGUUCUUUUACUAUGGAAUCACCUUAAGGUGGAUAAUGGGUCCUUCAUCGAGUCCGACCGACCCCAGCUUAGUCCCCAGGCGUUUUCGGCUCGGUCAUUCCUGGACUCUACCAUGAGCUGUGACGUCACCUCGCCCGCUCUUUCCCAGACUUCGCGCGGACAACGGGUCAAGAGAGAACGCCUAGAGACGAGGCUGGUCCGACCCCACAUUUGUCUUUCUCAGAAAGAAAAUUAUUUUGCAGCUCUGGUAAGACACUGAAAACGAAUAUUUUUUGCUCAGAGGUAAGACAGAAUAUCAAGCAUUGGAAGAGGGAAGAAGACAGCCUCGAACUGAACCUAGAAUUGUCAGGUAUCUUAAAAUAAUUCAAGUCGUCAUAAUAAACCACUUUCGAUAUAUUAAAGUUCAGUAUGAUAGCGAGUUUUAGAGGACUCAAAUUGUAAGACUCGCUAUCAUUCUGAAUUUAGCGAUUACAUACAGAUAAACUGCAUUAUGUCUCGAGAAAAAGUCUUUAAUUUGAUUUUUUUCCAAUUAUUUUGCAGAACGCUCAGCAGACGCUACUCCAAAAGAAAUGAUGAUGGUGAGACUAAUUGAACAUGAAUUUAGGGCAAUUAACGUGUAGAAUUAUCAAUACGUGUUGUCUCUUUUUAAAGGCUAUAUUCUCACUAUUCCGGACAGCUUUCGCCCCGGCACGAAAACCAUACCGUACACACCUGACUGUAGGGCUACUCUUCACACAGGAACGUUGAUUUCGGCGCAAUUUCUGUAACAGAGCGAAGCUACGCCGCGCCGAGCACGAAAGUGUAGAGUCACAUAUUUAGAUAGGUGUUCAUACUAUACGGGAUAGAUUUUCGUGUCGGCAGGAAAAGGUUUCCGGUACAGUAUGAACACAACCUGCGAGGUUAAAAAGCAAGGACAUGGAAAAUUACUGAGAUUUGUCUUAAUGAUUUACUGGAUCCGUAUUCACGGCGCAUUCAUAACUAUUAAACUCGGGUUUUUACUUGUUUGUUAUCGAUCAGGUUCGCGCCGAAGAAUUGAUUUGGAUCACAUCUUCGACAGGGAUGAUACAGUAUUCAAUGACGGAGCUCCUAACUCAACUGGAAUCAAUUAUUCAUCUUCCGUUCCUUCGAAUUUCGACAAGUAAGCUUGUGCUUUGUGUUUGCUACUAUAUCCAGUCACCUCGCCACCAACGAAACAGCUGACAAAAUCGCCAGCAUGACCAAGAAGUAGACUCGCCACCAAGACGCAGGAUUAGACGAGGUCUCGGACGAAAACCCCUGUCCAUAGGUUUUCUUAAAGCCAGUGGAUUGUUAUGCCAGUGUAAAUGACUUGCUCCCACACUUGCUCCCUAUCUUCACGCAGUUCCGCCCGUUAAUCCAGCGAGCUACGCAGCCGUCACAGUUGGUGGCGAGUUGGUUGGUGGCGAGUCUACUUCUUGGUGGCGAGAUGACUGUAAACUGUUAGCUGUGGUAUACUUUUAAAUCUAAAUGUGUAUGUUGUGUGCUGCUUUUCUUCAUUGUGAUACAUUGUGAUGAUAAAAGCCUAUUUAAAUGAAAGUCUUCGACCUAGCGUGCGUUUCUCAAAACCUCCCGAAGACAUAUUAGUCCCCCAAGAGUGAAGCUAAAUAAACAGGAUGAAGUUUGAAAGAACGCAAACUAUUUUUGUAGGUGACAUUUUUACCGCCCUUGUCGUCGUGCUGUUUGGUUGCUUAAGCACCCUUAUAACUCCCGAGUCUCGUCCCCUGGCUCAGUGAUUUUUAUAACUAACUUUGAUUUCUUCAUUUAAUUUUGUUAGAAUGAAUCACUCGUUAGUCAGAAGCAAAAGUCUUGGAGUUGGCGAUGAGAUCCAAAUGAGCCGACUGAAACCAGCUCUCACGCCAGAACUCCAGGUACAAUGAAUAACUUGGUCUUGUGAAGUCUUUUUUGUUUCUCAGUCGGUGACUCAGCCGUCGCGUGAGAAAAUUGACCUUCUGGUUAAUUGCUUGUCUAGAUGCGCUCAGCUAUACUGCAGCUAGUUACAAUGCAUGCAGUAAAACUGAGCAGGUUGCUAAAAACCGCUUCUGUUACUUCAAUGUGCCUUAGGUAUAGAAAUCCUCAUGGUUACAAGAGAUUUUGCUCAUCUUCCCGUUUAAGUUACGUACCAGAAACGUUGCUGCAAACCAAGUUAAAUGACGAUGUUACGCAUUUUACAAUACCACCCACGAAUCAAACCUGUCUUCCAAUGAAUCAGGUUGUUUCAGGUUGCGAAACGUUGUUGCAGAAAGUAAAGAGUAGUUUUACUUUUUGCAACAAGACCUGUAGAUAUUGUGCAUUUUACCGGCCCAAGAUUAGCCUGCGUUUAGCCCAAGUUGUAAGUUCCGUGUAUGGCGCGACUUCCGCGUAAUUUUUUAUCCAGUCAGAAUUUAGGAUUCACGUAACUUGCAACAGGCUCAGUGAUUUGUUGCAAGACAGGUUUUAACCUGGAUGGUAAAACGCGCAACAUGCUUUACAAGUCGUUUAGCAACAAUCUUGCGAAACAUGUUGCACUUUUUUGUUACCUGUUUUGCCGUUGUUUUUCCGUAGCUUUAUGUUCUUGCUGGUGUAUUUACUAAUUAGCAUUCUAGCCUACUGGUAACAAAACUUAAGCAUUUCUUCCUGGAGCCCACAUUAACUUUUUACAUAUUAACUCUUGCGUGUAGGCAAACAGCUAUUACUGUGAUUCUUAACAGCUCUGUCGUCUGUUCUAUUAUCUUUGUGUCUCCUCUUCUUCCUUGUCUUUAACUCAGCGCAAAAGUGUUUCUUCAAACGAUUCUGUAACUUCUGAUGUGGAACAAGAAAGCAGAGGUUUUACUGCUCGGGUAUGUAGGAGAAGAGGAAGGCUUUUUCAAAUGUGACACUCUCACAAACCACUCUCACUUUUCGGUUUCGUGUACCUUAACAUGUCGCUUCUACUCUUCCAUUCUCUCCACUUCUUGCUUUGCUACACCUAAUUGCUAAUAUCUAUAUGAAACUAUACUUGAUAACUUUAUUUUUUGACGUAGUGGGAAAAAAAUUCAGUGCAGCGAGAUAGACCGAAGGGCUCUCUCCCUUUCUCUUCCUCGUUCCCCUCUUCGCACUGUCCUCACUAUCUAAAGGCCCUGAACAGGCUAACGGGAAGAUUGUUACAUAAUCUUGAAGCUCAGCAACGCUACAUACGUACAUCUGAGGGUGGUAUAUUAGUCGGGGUUGCAGAUAUGACAUUGCAAUCUUUGCAGUGCAAUAGUAAGGCCAGUCGCAUGCGACGUAAUUGGACGCAAUGACUGGAAAUUUUAACGUCACGCCGCGGUUGCUCAGAAUAGGGAUAGCUUUAUCAAUUGGGCAAAUCUCUUUUAAAAAGGUUACAUGACUGGCUUAGCUGUAACCUCUCUUGGAGACGUUCUAAGGGCUUCUUCACGCGUUCCUGCCCCACAAGAAAACGCUCGACGAACCCUGUUUGUUAGGGAGGCUAGCUUUUCUGACAUAUCUUGCUUUGUUUUGAUUGAUCGAUUGAUGGAUUGGUUGAUUGAUCGAUUGAUUGAUCCAUUGAUGGAUUGACUGACUGAUUGAUCGAUUGGUUGAUUGACUGAUGGAUGGAUGGAUUGAUUGAUCGAUUGAUGGAUUGAUUGAUUGAUCGAUUCGUUGAUCGAUUGAUAGAGGAAUUGAUUGAUUGAUGGAUACAUUGAUUGAUUGAUUGAUUGAUCGAUCGAUCGAUUGAUUGAUUGAUUGAUUGAUUGAUUGUUUCAUAGAUUGGUUGAAAGGUGAUUUAUCCCGUCGAUUGAAACACCUUCUCCGAUUUUUUUCCCGUUUUGUGGUGUUUUGAGAGGUCUUGAUUUUCUCAUGUUUUUUUCCCCUUUUAUUUUUCCUUCAGAGAAAUGGUUCUGCCAGUCAAGAAGGUCUUAUGACUGUCAGGUAAAAUAAAAAACUUUUGGGAUCAUUACUUGCGCCGUAAAUUAUCGUCCAGUUAACUUGGAAACGUACUAUGUUGGCAAUUUGGUUUGUUCGCCAGCAAUAGAAAGAUCAAACCAAGCUUUGAAGACCUUCAAAUAUUUCUUUCGAAUAACUUACUUUAGAGAUUAAAUGUCAAGGGUGGCUCGCAGUCCGCGUGCGUUUGUCUCUCUCUCAAUCAAGUUGCUUCCUUUUAGAUUUUUCGUGUCCUCGCGUGUUCCCGCGUACUAAAUUAAUUAUUGAACACGCAAAUUCCUUCAUUAGCGUACCGGUUUAGUCACCAGGGAACGUUCAAUUCCAAUUGCACUUCUUACGAAAGCAAGAGCUCUUCAUUGAUAGUUACUUGCUAGCUUUUAUACACCUGGGCUAUUUCGAAGUUUUUGGUAUUAGUUUUCUGUUAGUCACUUUGUAAUUUCUAUUUUUGAUUAUUUUUAUUGUAGAAUGGAACCUGAUGAUCAGGGAAGGUUUGGAUUCAAUGUGCAGGUACGAAAUAAUGGCUCAUGUAUCCUUUUUUUUUUCAAGGGCAGAUUGAUGGUUUAAUACAACUUACGCCGCAGCUGUAAAAAAAUUGUGAUUCUUUUGAAUAUUUUUAGGGCGGUGCGGACAUAAACUUGCCAGUAAUUGUGUCGAAGAUCGCUCGAGGAAUGCCGGUAAGAUAUUAGUCUUGCUUUUCUAAAGGCAGUAUUACGAAGACAGGCCAAGUGAUAAGCUGUGAUUGUAUUGAAUGUGAUGAAUUCAUAUAACGAUUCAAUAACUUUGAAGGUUACGGAUGACACCUGGAGGACAAAUUUUGAUGGUGUUUAUCGUUGCUGGCUACCUUGCCGGAGUCGAUUGCGUUCAAAAUUUACAGGGAAAUACACCCUGAUUGAUCAACAACUUUCUUGUUAACAAAAUUCUAGGAUACCUUUCAGGCAAACGGCUCGAGAAAUUCUGCUAUCAUUAUGUAAAAAAUUGGUUUGCAGAAACAUUGUCCCUAUGCAGUUUGUUAAUCGGUAUGUCACGCCUUUGCAGCUCAGCUCAUACUUUGAAUAGGUCAUUUCCGAGUGCAAAAGUAUCUCUUUCAAAAUGAGGUUAAGUGUAAAACCUUUCUUGUGAAAACGAGUUUUAUUUGCAUUAGAAUAAAAAUUCAUUUUCAGAUCAAAAAGACAAUGGUUUCGCUUUUAGCCUCGCUUUGAAACAGAGGCUUGGGGUAACUCAGAAAUGGGCUGUUUAUCGCUAAUGAAAACGUACAUUUUGUAUGUUUAGGCCGACAUGUGCAUGCCGCAGCUACAAGAAGGAGACGAGAUUGUUCACAUCAAUGGACGGAUAGUGAAAGACCUGCCACAUCACGAAGUAACUACAGUAUCUUUUCUUUUCUCCUGUUUUUAUUUGAUUUCUUCUUUUGAAAAAUCAUUUUGAUGGGUAAUCUAUAGAUACAGCCCAGCCUCAAAUAUGGGACGUUAUAUACUGUUCAGAAUCCCCUAUUUUUCCGUAAGAUCGUCGCGUUGCGUUACAGUCGGAAAUCUUGGAUGAGUGUCAGAUCGGUUGGAGAGGAGGGAAGAAAAAUAUCUCCCUCUCCCGAUCGCUAUAAACCCCGACUCCGCCCCCUCGGGACACAUGAACCCCAGAUGGCCGCACGUACUGGUUAGCGCUCAAUCCUGGCGAUCUUACGAAAAAAACAGGGUACUGUGAAGAGUCUAAGGAAGUUAAAACUACAGAAUUUGGAUGAUUAUUCGGAGGGGUGGGGGAAGGGAGACUCCCAUAUAAAACAGACGGAGUGAUAUCGGAAAUUUUGAACUAACCCCCUGAAAGAGACCAAACUGGGUGUAUGGCUCAGGCUGAGUUCAUUUAACCCAUGAUAGAUACCAAAAUACUCAAAGUAGAUUUCUUCGCGUGAAGACCCUAAUGAGUCUUACGAUACAAUGACGGCUAAAAGUGUUGUAAGUGUUUUACCCUUAGUACACUAUGUAAGACAGAAAGUUUUACCAUAGCAUACUAAGUGAGACAGUAAUCCAAAAUUUACACCCCUAACCCGGACGACGAGCAUUCCGGUCAUUUUUUUAUUAGAAUUACCCCCCCCCCCGGGUGGGGGGGAGCGUGGUAUCGCCAACGGGAGGUGCAAGGAAAGUAAGAAAAAAUGGUUUGUUGUGAAUCUCGGUGUGUCAUUCAUUUAACUCUUCACUUUUCCUUUGUUUUAAGAUUGUGGAGCUUAUACGAACCAUUAGCAAAUCAAACCGAAGACUUCUUAUAAUGACGAUACGACCUAACGGUAAAUACGUCAGUUAUCUUUCUGCUUUGAACAAAUACAUUCAACACCCGCACAUAAGAACCUAAUAUUUCGGGUUUCACACUGACCAAGUUCUUAUUUACCGGGUGCUGAGUGAGAAAUCAGCAUGAAAAUGUUCUUGAUUUUUUUUUUUUUUCAGAAAUACUGUACAUUAUACAUGACUAGUGUUUUAAUUAACAUGCAAUGUUUACAUUCUAUGAUUAUUUAGAUCCGCCACUUAAUCGCACUUUCUUCUUUGAUCCUAUUAUUCCGGAAGAUAUCAAUUUAGAAAUUUCAGUUUUGCAAGACAACAAGGCCCAUGGUCUUUACUCAUCUCCAGUUAGGCUGCUGAAAUUGGCAAAAAGGGUCAUAUCCGUACCUCUAGCCACGAUUUUUAAUCAGUCUAUUUGCUCAGGGAUUUUUCCAUCUAAACUAAAGUGUGCUAAGAUUAUCCCGAUAUUUAAGGACGAAGAUGACACGCUGCCCGAAAACUACCGACCUAUUUCUCUGCUCUCGAUUUAUAACAGGAUUUUUGAAAAACUUAUGUACUCCAGAGUUACCAAGUUUGUCAAAGAUUGCAACAUUCUCUAUGAUCAGCAAUACGGUUUUCGCAGUAAGCACAGUACUCAGCAUGCUGUACUUGAUAUUGUUAACACAAUUCUCCAAAACAUGGACAACGGUAAAUUUUCGUGCGGUGUUUUCAUCGAUCUCAAAAAGGCUUUUGAUACUGUUAACCAUGAAAUUUUGUUAGCUAAACUUGAAAAUUAUGGUAUUAGAGGUGUAAUCAACUCCUGGUUCAGAUCAUACCUGACUGAUCGGAAGCAAACUACGGAAGUUAAUAAUGUUGUGUCUGAGGCUGAAACGACCUUGUGCGGCGUGCCACAAGGCUCAGUCCUCGGACCACUCUUAUUCCUACUGUACAUCAAUGAUAUUUACAAGUCCUCUUCGUUAUUUGCCUUUUAUCUAUUUGCUGACGAUACUAGUAUAAUACUUGCAAAUAACAACCUAAAGGAACUCGAAACACUUGUUAAUCGCGAGCUUGGCAACGUCAACGAAUGGCUAAAGGCCAACAAACUGUCCUUGAACAUAAAAAAAUCAAAUUUUGUAAUCUUUCGUCCCCGGCAAAAGAAUAUGCCCUUCAUACCUAGGAUUAGAAUUUUUGACUCCGUGACUAACACCUACGCAAACCUUGAAAUGAAAGAUUAUGUAAAAUAUCUUGGCUUAAUGAUUGAUUCAAAUCUUUCAUGGAAAUACCACAUCGAAUCUAUCUGUCACAAAAUCAGCAAGUCGAUAGGAAUUAUAGCUAAAAUUCGACAUUAUGUCCCGCGUCGUGUUUUACUUUCAGUUUACAACUCAUUAAUUGUCCCUUACUUGACUUAUGGUAUUUGUGGUUGGGGAAAUUGUGCCUUGACAUUUCAAAGAAAGAUCGUAACUCUACAAAAACGGGCCUUACGUCUCAUUUACUUCAGUAAGUCUAAGGAACACGCCGUACCCUUCUUUCUCAAAUCAAAUUGCCUUCCCCUGUCUAGCAUAUUUUUCAGAGAUUGUAGCUAUUUAUUGUAUGAUAUCAACAGACAGAUAGCACCAGUUAGUAUUCUCAAUCAGUUCGUUAAAACAAGUCAGAUUCAUAACUACAGAACAAGAUCUGUCUCUAGCGACUCGUUUUAUGUUAAGUUCUCUAGAACCGAUAAAAUGUAUGCCUUUUUCACGAGAAUCGGUGCCCAAAUUUGGAACUCUAUUCCGUAUUCGAUUAAAAUACUUAAACGUUCGUCCUUUCGUAAAAAAAUAAAGGAAUUAUUACUAAAUUUUUUGCGGUCAGAAGAUGAUUAUGUCGAAGUCUCCCGUCUUAUUAAGUUAUUUAAUACUUUAGGUUAGCCUCUCUUCGUAAUCGUUAUGUACAUGCCUUGUUUUAUGUUAGUUUAAAUUCUAUUUACUGUAUUGUAGUGUCUUCACUGUUAUUUAGUCCAUCUAUAUAUAAAUCUUGUUUUGUAAAUUGUGUUCAGCUCCCCCCGCCUCGAUUAGUUCAUAAGCUAUUUGCGGGUGGGAAAGUAAUGUAAUUAGUUAUUUUCCGAUUUUCAAUAAAAUUUGUUGUUGUUGUUGUUGUUAUAUUAGUUACUGUAAUUUACCAUUACGUACUAUUAUGUAUUGCAUGUAUGGCGCUAAAGUUUAUAUGGUCCAGCACACCAAAGCCCUUUUAUGAGUUACUGUAUUGGUUUCCUUUUUCGUAUUCUCUUUAUUAUAUAAGAACAUUUUUUUAAAUAUCAGGCUGAAUUGGUUCUUGUAUAUAUGUUGCUUUAUUGGCCAACUUUCAGCCUCAUGUUCUUUAUCCACUUGUUCUUAUAAGCGGGUGAUAACUGUAUCCUUUUAAUGCGAACUGAUUAUUCAACUUAACUCUCGUGCUAUGAGACCGAUUGUGAUUUCCGUUGACCAUUUUAAUUCUUGUCUUAGUUUUCACACAUUCGCCUCGGGAUGGUUCACCAGUUCACAUAGUCAGUCCAGAGCAGUUUGCUGCUGCUGAACACAAACAUGAACAGGAGCGAAAUAUCGCCAAGCAAGAGAAAGAGAAGGCUCCACCAAAGGAUACCGAAGCGCUUCGAGUUUCAAUGGAUCAACUCCGAGAGGUAUUGUCUUUGCUGGUAUACUUUUCAUUUCCUUGAGAAAGAUAACUCACAGAUUGCUGUUAACCUUAUAUUUUCUUACACAUACCAUUUCUUCUGUCGCUUUUAAUGUACGAGACGUGUACCUCGUAAAUCUCAAACCAGCAACUACUAGCAACUCGCAACUCGCAACUCGUGGCUCGCAAACUUAGAACGUGCAGCCUAGUCUAUCUCUCUAGUGGUGUACAACUUGAUCAAUGAAGCCUUCAAGGCAGCUCUCCAUUUUGAGUGGCGAGGGAAGCGAGCUGCGAGAGAACCCACCAGUGAACGGUAAAGGCGCGAGGGGCUGUGAUCGCUUGGGUGACUCCUUUCGCGUGCAGGACGCAUGUCUUCUUUCAUAUUACCCAAUUGGCGAGCUCGCUCGCAUACUAGAUCAAUUUUACCAUAUUUACGUUGGAAAAACAAAACUUUCAGUCCGAAAAAAUGGUUCUAAGGUUGUUAUAUACAAUUGCAUGGUUCGCCUCCUGACCAUUGGUGACAAAUCUUUUUUUUAAAUUUGAAAUUAAUUUUUUUUCUUAGUAGUGUUUUUUCGUCAGUCCUUGACUAGAUUCUUACUGAGUAUAACUAGGUAAUCAUUCCCACUUAAAUACUCAUUUCUGUAUUGUCCUGUUUCCUUAUUGUGUUUGCAGAAUCUUGAAAGCGGCGAUCUGCUGGUGUACUUUCAGGUAAUUUUGAUUGUCAUGGCUGUGAGAAGACUAACUGAAACAAAACUUUGCCAUUGGACUUAACCUUGUAUAACUGACCGCCUUGUCUUUUUACAGGAGUUGUACAGAAAAAAGCCUGGUAUGUCUAUGGAAGAAGCCAGAAAACCAGAAAACCUCCCGAAAAACAGAUAUAGAGACAUUCUACCGUGUAAGUGACAUGCAUAUUUUUGAAGUUUAUGAGACACUUUCAAAUCUGGUUAUUUUAAUUGUUUUUUAUUGGGUUAUUGGUGUCGAGUGUGAACAGCUUACACCCCGUCGAAUUUUUUACCCGCGCUACCCGUUUACAAGGAACCGUGCAAUUUCUGUUACAGAUUGCAGCACUUAUCAACGGCGCGUAACUAGGCUCCAUGCACUUAAAUUAUCGCGCAAACUGUGCCAAAACGGUAAAAAAUUUUGACCAUCUUCUGAUCAGGUGAAAAACUUGUACACUUCGCUGUUCAAAAAGUUGCGCGCUUCCGCCAAGCGAAAAUACCUUCAUGACCAUGGGCCCAAAUCACAUUAUGUCUCCCUUAUUUACUGCUCUUAGCGUGAAAGAGUCAAAAUGGACGGAUUUAGGCUGAACACUCAGAGAGUAACUCCUUUUUUGUAAAUACAUUGUUUGUUUCUGCAGAUGACGACACAAGGGUUACGUUGUACAAAGGAAAAAAUGAUUAUGUCAACGCCAAUUAUGUCUCUGUAAGUUAACAUACCACUUCAUUAAUGGAAUAACCAUAAAUACGUCUGCGUGUUGUAGGCCUUCAGAGAAUAGAGAUACACGCAAUAGACCUCUUUAGCCUGUAUGUUUUGUUUUCCCAAUACAGGUCAUGUGAUAAUACUCUAGAGAACUGUUUCUUUCAAAUUUCGUCUUCUUCACUUGCAUAUGUACGCAUAAUUUAUGAAAAGCGAAAGGGUCAAGUUCCCCUGGGACCUCUAUUGGGAAAACAAAACAUACAUGCUAAAGAGGUCUAUUCGUCACAUUUUGAAACGAUUCAAGACUCAAGAGAGGUCAAACAUAGCGUGGAAAAUGGGCCUAAACUGAGGGAAUCCCUUUCCUGAAGCUUUCUCACCCAUCUCCGACGAUAUUCCUUUGCUCUUCAUCAGUCAGUGCCAUUCCUAUAUUUGUAUGCUGCCUUGAUUGCGAAGCAACAUCCCAGUUAGGGGGUGAGAAGGGAAGUGAAUUCGUUUUGAAUAGAAAAGUAGAUGCAAAGUAAGACGCUGGAAGUUGACAUGAGCUCAUGUCCUUAGUUUUUACCAACUAGUAAUAACCAAGGUUACGGAGUGCGGGCGACAACGACCGAAGGUUAAAACGCUUUUACUACGACGCUGUGCUUUGCGCAAGUUUCACGUGACAAAAGGUCGAAACGCGCGUCAUCAGAUUGCAAGUGAUAGAAGGUCCAAACGCGUGUGAUCAAAUUCCGUUCAUUCUUAAUGGCAGUUCCCACGAAUGCAGGCUACAUACAUGCGACGCGUGCGUAAUAACAACCUGAGGAUUAGGAUUGCGGGCUCCUCUUGUCGCCUGCAAUAAUAGUUUGCUAACUUUUUCACAGAUGAAGGUCCCCUCUAGAGGAGUGGUCAACAGAUACAUAGCUGCCCAAGGACCAUUAGAAAAGACGUGUGGAGACUUCUGGCAGGUAGAAUAUGCUCUGUUGUACGGUCAUGAAUAAUUAGGGCUCCCAGACAAAGCAAAGUUAGAAUCAAAGUAGAUUAAAUUUAUUUAAACCUGAAUUUCAUUCGCACCUACAACAUAAGCAAAACCAGGGGUCGUCGGCGCGUUUUAAGUCAGUUGAGUGCCACAGAGUGGCUGUUCUUUGGGCCCUUUAGUCUCCCAGUCAUGUGACGCACGUAAUGUAAAUCAUCAUGGGAAGCAACCUCAACAAUACCAGAGAUAUGGAAAGAGUAAGAAAAAUAAGCUAACAAGCCAGUUUUGGGGUGUUUGAAAUGAACCCGAAAACUGGCAGACACUGUAUUUGUUUUAUGGUAUCUCCUCCUCUGGUAUGGGUAGGUCCCAUAAUUUUAGCAUGAGAUAGGUUACGUGGCUGCGACUUGCAAAGCCGCUGUUAAAGACAAUCAUAACAUUGUGAUGACUUGUGUUUUGUUCCGUUCCAGAUGGUUUGGGAACAAGAGGCUUCUCUUAUUAUCAUGCUAACAACAACAGUAGAAAGAGGAAGGGUAAAUAUGUUAAUUGUCUAGUGUGUUUUGAACGGUCACACUUUAGGAUUUUCUUCGCGGACUAAGUUAAAUUAAAAACGAGCUAAUACAGUAUAAUAAACAGUACCACAGGAAAGUACUGCUCGGGAGCAUUCAUUUGAAUGGUCACACUUUAUACGUUCAUCCAGAGACUAAAAGUUAGGAUCACCUUGUACGGCAUAAUUAACAGUACCAAAGGAAAGUACUGCUCAGUAGCUUUCAUGUGAAGACUGGUCCUUUACCUAGUCCCUAGGCCUCAUUGCUCCGCGCGGCCAAUGCGUUACGGGUCACGUGGUGCGAGCGAGUUUCUCCUUGCUGCUCCUUGCCGUUCGUCUUGGAUACGUCACCGAAAUGUAUGGACGGAGAAGGCCUGGAAAGACGCCUUACAGGGACUAGGCGGGUCAGACCUUAGGAUGUUAUCCAGUCACAACGAGCGUGUAUGGAGAGAACGCUUGACGAAGCCCAGAGAAGCUAGGGUUAAAUUUGAUGAGUGCCUCUUUUUCUGUCUUUAGGUAAAAUGCCACCAGUACUGGCCAGAAGGAGAAGAAACACUUAAGUUUAAAAACCUGGAAGUCAUCUGCACGAAAAUCCGUGACUUCUCACCAUCGUACAUUUACCGCGAAAUGUACGUCACUGACUCAAAGGUACUGCAAUUAUUGUUUCCGUUUUCUUGCCUUUCUCACUCGUGAAGUGGGAACAAAGAUGACACUAUCUGAGUCGCUUUUAAUUGAUGUUUACAACAACUCAUUUGCACCUUCCCGUGUUUCGUCUUUCUGUUCCAGAGCUUGCGAAGCAGAGUUGUUGUUCAGUUGCAGUAUAUUGCGUGGCCGGAUCACGGUAAGUUUAUGGUCCAAUUCCUCCUCCGUAUCUCCCCUCCCAACCCUUCUCCUUCAUAUAAACAAAAAUUGUAGUGGGACAGUUUGUGCCAUUUUACACGAGGUAACGCAUGCUCGAAGCCGCGGGAGAAGCUGUGGCUUGAAUUAAACCCCAGGUAGGUGAGGUAACCCGCGGCCAGUCACCCCAUGUAAACGUGAUCGAAUGAAAAUGAGAGAUUAUAUGGACAGGCGGGAUAUCCCAGCUAAGCGGGUAACCUCACCCAUCUAGGGUCCCCAAACAGGCCCUAAGAUAAAACUUGGCACGAAAAACAAAAAGACUUUGUGUUCAUUCAGCAAUGACUUAGCCCAACUACAGAAUGAAGUUCUUUGUGAACACAGAAAAAACUCACUUGAUUUACGGAAUUCAGGAAAUUAUCUUUGCAGAGCAAUUUUUCAUUAGUAACCUAACCAACUAAGCUCUGAAAAUCGAACUGAAUUUCUAUAGGUGUUUGUCGGAAUCGUCACACCAAAAUUUACGCUUUAUUUUGUGGGUUUGUGCUCCUUUCAGAACAGUCCAGCGACCUCAUUCUUUUUCUAAGUUUUUUGUUUACAUUCUAUCAAUACCCGCUUUACGACUGGAAAGAGCCUCAUAGAAAUCGAAAGGUCUGUAAACAUGAGCAGUAUGUCUUCUUUUGUUGUAGAAUUCAGUUACAGACCUUUGUUUUGGUUGAAAGAUCAUGCAGGAUACAAUAACACAGACUUUUCCAGUAAAGUAAGCUAUUUUUAACAUGGAAAAAUGAAUGGAAAAAAUACUAGUAUAAUAAGGCAGAAAAAAUCGAUUUUAGUAUUUUUAAAACCCACUUCCCAGUGGCACAAAGUUUAAAUAACGUUUUAGGUUUUUAUACAAGCAUUCACUUAGUCAAAUUAUGAAAAUGCCUACAAAUAUAUGGUAUCACCGUGUUAGUAUUUAUAAGCUUUAUGUUCAAAUUAGGGACUUGUCAGAAAUUAGAAGGGGGGGGAAGGGGGGUGGAAACAGAGGGAGGGUCACAACAUUUUGAGACUGCAGAAAAGGGAGGGGUCAUGAAAAAUGGGCCGUUAAAAGGGGGAGGGUCAUGCAAAUAUGUGUCCGUGAUCAUGUAGAGGUUCACCCACAGAAGAAAAAAGAAGUUCUUUAUUUAAAAAAAAAAACUGGGAAAAAUAGGAGAGUCGAGUGAUUAGCUGUCAGAAUCAGAGUCGGACUCUUAAUGCUGUCAUCUAUAAUGUAUGUAUAUGGCAUUACAAAGAACAGAUUAGAAAUAUAUUUUGAGCUUUCAUAAUACUGACUCACCCUAGUGUAUUGCAAGAACUAGAUUUUAUCAUUUAUACAAGAGGGGGAGGGUCAUGAUAUUUUAGGCCAAGGUCAUGGGGAGGGUUAGCAAAUUUCACUCCCAUUGCAGGGAUGGGUCACCUCAUUUCCGAACCCAAAUUUAAAAUUCCCACCCCCCCUCCCCCCCUGCUAAUUUCUGACAAGUCCCUUAGUUAGAUAAAGCUUAAAAUACACAUUUUUUUGAAAUUUUAUUUUUCUGAUGAUUUAAAAUAACAGAUGCACCACAAGGUAUUUUGUGUAUUUUUAUUUCAACGCUUAUCAAAAUACCAUCUUUUUCCAAACCGUCGAGAAAAUGUUCCAAACAGAUUCAGGUCCGCCAAAUCUUUGCAAAGCUAUAGUGACUGAAAACGUCUUAAUUUUGCAAAAAUAUUGAUAGUAUGUAUAAAGGCAUGAUCUUUUUACAGGAGUUCUUGUGAGUAAUUAUCAGAAUAAAUGUCAUUCGAGAGCACAUUAGCUUAUUAUCAAUCAGAGGAUUUGCUUUUAAAGACUUCGCAGUGAGUUCAAGAUUCUUUGCAAAAUUAAGCUUAUAUCCUAAACUUACGCCAGAUUUUGCUAAUCUCAUAUCAGAAAAACAUAUUUGUCUUACCGACAACAACAUCAAUUACUUGUGUUUUAACUUGAAAGCUUUCUUUCUUUUCAUUUCUUUUUUAAUCGCCGCAAUUUCACGCGUUGUUCCAGUUUAUUCGCAAAGAAAACUUUUCUCCAACCAAUUUCCUUGGCCAGGAUCUUCAUUUCGUCAGUAACCUCGUCGCAAUAAGUCAUAAAUAUCUUUUCCCACAGCAAAUCAUUCGCACAAAUUUUCUUCGUAAACUUGCAAACAGCUCCCAAAUGAACAACAUCGAUCAGAUCAAGAAACGAGGCAAUAUGAACGAGAACUCGAGGUGGAAGUCGAAUAAGCCAGUCACCACAAACAAUAGCGUGAACGUGUUUAAGCGUUUCUUCGCCAAAUACACGGCUGAUGUCGCUUUGAAGAAGAGCAUCAUCGUCAAACUCAUCCCAUGAGACUUUCUUUUGACUUGGAGGUAAUCCUCGCUGGUCUCUUCGGAUUGCAAUCCGCCAUGUUCGCCAAAUCACUUCUCUUUCAUUCACAACAAAUUGGUGAAAAUCUUUGCUUGGUGCAGGUGCUUGGCCGACUUUUUCGAUGAAGACUUUUAAGGUACUCAUUGUUUAUAACUCCUGGCAACAAAUGUGUUAAACCAAAUUCGUUCCUCGCUUCAAACCGUGAAAAAUAUGGAACGAAACUGGAAUGACGUGCAAAAAGUUGGUCGCUUCUUUGUUGCAGUUACUUGUUUUGGCGGGAAAUUUUAACCAACAAGAAGCCGUCUUUCGCCUUGCGUGUCAAAUCGCCCUUGAAAUGUUUGAAGAGAAAAUUGGAUUCAACGUAUGAACUGAAUUUUUAAAAAUAAAAUAACUUUGUUGUUUUCGUGUAUGCUCUUUCCUCUUCUUAACUGUUAGUGUAUUUAUCAAGAUCUGGCUUAAUGUCGUUUUAUUUUAAAAGGAUAUUUAGCUGUUGGCCACCUGAACAAAUAUUUCGCGGAAGUUUUAUCUCAGUUUGAGCGAUGGUUAUCAUAAACUUGUCUUCGCUGGCUCGACCGGCAAUUGUUGUGGACAGAGCUGCUCGCUUUUUUUUUACAACUGAACCGUUUGGCGAUUGAGCUGGUGAUACAUGUUAUGACAAAUUUAACUGAUUAAUUUUGAAGCGUUAAAGGCGUUACUCUAAAAGAAAUUGAUAUGCUCAUUUAUUCUCAGAAAGAUUUCUGACAUGUAUUUACCGGUCAUUAGUUUUGUCUUGUUUUUGAGCCGUUUCACAAAGUUUUGACGUUUAUAGUCCCGGAGAGAUAAAUUAUUCUGAGUUUUAUGAUUAAAAGAAAAAAAAUCCGAUCAUUGAAAGUUAGAGGAAUGUAAAAUACUAUCACUUUUUGCUCGUUGUAGUAAGUUAAGCACCUCCAACAAUUACCGUGAUCAAGAGCCAUGUGGCUCUUGCCGUGAUGAAUAGUAGUUGAUACUAGGCAAUUUAUAUUACAUUUCGUUGGUCUUAAAAGGUGUUGACACGUAAAUGUGAAAACUUCCGUUGCUUAAUUUCGGAUUUUAGCUUUUUCUGAAAAGUAAAGCGUUUUAGAAGUAGAGCGGGACGCUCCUUUUUUUCUGAACUUGUUAACUCGGUGCUAAUGAAAUCUGGAAAUAAUGUAACUUUACAGUGAUUUUCUUGUUAGAUUUUCCUGUGGCUACAACGUUAUUAAACGUCGUCCGAAAGUCGAGCUUUUGCUGUUUUUUACGCCCUGUUUUUUACUCUUACCUCGUAUUUUUUAAAGUAGAAAUUUAAACCUGAUUAAACUGAAAAGUGAUUUCUGUUAAACAUAAUAAUAAUAAUAAUAAUGAUAAUAAUGUUUAUUUCUUACAUUGCGCAGUCUAGCAUGCGAUAAAGAUAUGAUCGAGUGCGCAUAAACAUUCACUCUCCGGAUCGUAACACCUCUUGGAAACCGUUGUUCGGUGUUUUUUGUAUAUUGAACGGGAUAUUUUCCACUUUAUAAGACAGUUUGUAGGUGAAGGGAGGUGGGUGGGAAUGGGGGGUAGGGAUAGGUCAUUGGAAGUAAAUUUACGAGUUUCUCGAAUAUUUUAUCUUGUUUUCUUGGAUUUGUAUCACGCUGACGGGAGGGUACUCUGCUAAAACUUCACACUAGUGUAAAAAUAUGUUUUCUGUUUUAAUUAUCCAUAGAUGUCCCUGACGAUUCGACGGACUUCUUAGAAUUUAUUCAUAUCGUUCGCCAUUACCGCGAAGGAACAAACACUCCAACUGUAUUGCACUGCAGGUAUGUACCGAAUUGUUAGUAAUUGGUAGUAGUUCAGGUGAAGUCAAGCUAGUCGUUGCGGUCUCUAGGAAGCUUAAACAUUUAAAGCCUAAGUUGUUUACCAUUUAAUUUACAUGGGCAAACCAGUUAGUUUACGGUGUGGGUAGUUGGUCAAUAAACUGAGGACUGGUAAAACCACUUGCAAAAAUCAGUCGGCCGCAAAAGCGUGAAACUGGUAUCAAAGAGGUUUUGUCAUAUAUGAGUCUUCAUAGCUUAGUUGGUAGAGCACUGCAGCGCUUACGCAGAGGCCAUUGGCUCGAACCCCGUUGAAGUCCCGCAAUUUUUUUGGCUUAAUUUGCAAAUGCUUCAAUUGCAAUUGCCACUGCGACGAUCAUAUCUUCAUUUAAAAUUUGUAUUUCUGCGGUUCACAUCAUCUUCAUUCCACAAUUACUAAUUAUUGUGCCUCUACCGUAUGUAUGUAUACUUCUGUUCGUUACUGAAUUUCCGUUUCCCGUCUUUCCAAUAUUUCAUCUAUUGAAAGAUUAAUAUAUUAUUUAGCAUUACGUUUUCAUUUAAAAGCUAUUUUAAGAAAAAAGCAUUGACUGAGUGCGUAACACCCCUGCCUCAUUGCGCUUCAUUUAAAGUCUGAGGACAUUUCGGGGACUAAAUUCAGCUUUAAUCGAGUGGCCACUAAGCUUUUAGUCCGUAAAUUGUCCAGUUUUUUUCGUUAUCUGCACUUAGUUUAGCCUUUCAGAAUCGACGGCAUCUCAAUUAUGCACUUUAAACUAUACAAAUCUUACAAAUGGACCUACUCGAUAUUCAUGUUGUUUGACAAGAAUUUAGUUUUUUAGGUAGUUAAAGUGAACUGGACAAUCUUGAUCUUCGGCCGUUAUCUGUAGAAAACGAAGCGCUCUCGAAAUGCAAUUUCAACCCAUAGUAGUUUCAAUCGUUUUAAAAUAUGUGAAAGAUCAUGGUGACAGUAGCUUUAACCGAUGGCUAGAAAGAAGAAUUUGAUAAGUAUGUAUCUAGACGCUCUUGUUAGCGGUUUGUAAACGUUUUGGUCCACUUGAUGCUAGUUUUUCCAAAUCUUUGUGAAUGGCGACGUAGUUUAUGCUCAAACUGGGAGGUAUUAACCCUGAAAAAUCUCAUCGAGCCACCUUACCCCUUUCACUGCCAGAGUGUUUGAUGGAGUUUUGUAAGGUGACUCUAACUUUUGAGUCUAUGGACGAAAUCCUAUGAUGUGACCAUUCAAAUGAAAGCUCUCUACCUGUACUUUCACAUGAUGCUCUUUGUUUGUCAAAAUUUUAGAAAAUGAAAUUUGCAAAUUUGGUCGAAAUUUGCCUUUGGCCACAUUUGGCAGUGAAAGGGUUAAUACGGGCGCUUUCUGUGGCCCCUUCAGUAUCCUUAUUAACGGGGUUUGACCGUAGAUCAAACUCGUUGUCAUAUCUAAAAGAACACUGGUAGGUAACUUUUCAUCUGUUUUCAGCUAUGUGUGUUACUGCCUUUAUAUCAGUCAUUGGUUUGUUUAUUUAAGAGGCCUCUUCCAAUCUUUACCAUCGCUUUUCUAAGCUCUCGAAGUCGCCAGCAAUACAAAAUCGGGUUUAUCGAAGAAUUCAUAAAUACCACAGUCGUCGACAAAUCCCAUUCGGUUUUCCACUCUCUGUGUACUGUCCCGUACAAAGUCAUAAGAACAACGUUCGGAAAAUAACAUAUAACGAGACAGAUGUAAAACACGAACGUAUUAACAGCGCUUUUUAUCAAACGAAGCAUGUGCGUGUUAUUAGCACAACUUGAGAUUUCUACUGCUUGCUUCUGAACGCGAAUCUGCAUGUCGUGAUGUCGAACGAUUCCGUAAAUUUUUAUGUAAAGAUAUGUGCAGAUAAUGAGACAAAUAGCGGGGUAAAUUCCUGCCAGCAAAUGAUACAAAGGCUGAUUCCAAAAGUAAAGCCCCAGGCAUAAGAAAGUGAACAACCAAAUCAUUGUCACGGUGCACAGCACGCGAGAUUUGGUCACGAUUGUGGAAUAUCGCAUGUGGUAGUGAAAGGCCAUGAACCGGUCCACGCAGAUCACUGUAGUCGUACCAAGAGAGACUCCGCAGAGAAAGAACCCUGUCAUUACUGUUACAUGUUGCAAAAACAAGUCUUUUUCUGUUAAGCUUUUGAACUUGUUCGCAAUGAAAAGCGGUUGGGCCAUGACGCCAACCAGAAGAUCCGAAACAGCCAGACUGGAAAUCAUGAUCAGUGAAGGCGUUCGAAUGGAGGGAGUUUUCAAGAUGGCUGCUAACACCAGUGAGUUCCCAAUGAUUGAGAUGAGAAUCAGAGGGGUAUUGAUCACAGAGUUGAUGACGGCUAUGUUUUUUUGAGUAGCAGAUAUGUUUUUGUCUCCAUCGUUGUCGUCCAUCUUUUCACCCAGCUUCCGUUCCAGUCGAAAACUUAGAUCCCCACUUUAAUUUCCUCCGUACUGUAUCCUCUUGCUCGUCAACAGCGAAGGGCGGAAGUAAAUCUCAUCGGAGUUGAUAACACACGGUAAAUCAGGUUGAUUUUUCAAAGCAGCUGCUCCGACCUGCGCUUUCGUUUUCUCCGAGAAAGGGAUCAGUCGAAGCGACGUUCUAGUUCUCACGUCUUGUUAUUCAACGCAGUGUUUUGUCAGCAAUAUCUUCACUGCUCCACGCAAAUACCAAUUUAAAAUUUUCGAUUUCAACUUGUAUGCCCCUUUGUUCUUUAACCUGGGGGUCACUAUAGAGAUAAAUUGCACAAAAAAAAGAAUCCGAAUUUUAAUACACCGAUCGAUGACUAAUGUCUAGACUUUGAUCAGGACUUGCAUUAUGAUGUUUUGAUUAUGCGAGAUAGGUAAAACAAGCUCUUUUGUGAUGUGAAUGUUGCUAGUAAGUGUUUUUUUUCUCAGAUCAUUGCUUGAGGCUUGUCUAAACCUGAAAAUUAUUUGACGAAAACAAGUAGGCGGAGGUGAUUUUAAUACUACAGGUUAACUGAUUUAAAUUGUUAUUCAGAUCAAAAUGGAAUAUCAAUGUACCGUUGAUUUGCAAAUGAAUGCAAGAGAUUGCUAGCGUUAAAGUGGCUGCUACUCAUCAAAUAUUUGACUUUGUAACAGAUGACGGGUAAGGAUUUUUCAGAUUUUUUACGCAAACAUCAAGGAAUACUUGAAAGUGGAGAAAUAAGUUAUGUCAAAACUAAUGGCGCUCAGCGCGCUUAAGGUGGCUGAACACAGUUUUGCGGGAGGUCAGCGGUAGCAUGUGUUUUAGAUUAGACAAACAAACAUGGUGACGAAAAAAGCAAUGGUACACAGAAGACGAUUUCUCAAAAUCUACUCAUUAAUAUUUUGUGAUAUUUGGCAGAAUUUUUUCUUUUAUCAUAUUUGAACUAAUGAGAACUUUAAAAUGGAAGUUGAAAGGACGAAUUUGUGACACAUUAAAUAAAUACAGAACAAUUAUAUUAUUGAUUAUCUAAAAACCCGUCUGUUAAUAUUUGGUCAAAUAAGUUUCAAAUGGUAAUGAUUAAUUAUAGUAAGCUGUAUGCAAGUUUAUAGGAAAAUCUAAUGAGCGAAUUUUAUGUAAACUGAGCGAAAGUGAAAUUUUGAUGUUGUAUUCAGUCGUUCAUGUUGUCAUGGAAACUACGAAAACGUCAAAUUUUACCUCUCAAUCAAAAUAUUUCAUCAGUAUAUUUUUCAAGUUUCAGUUGGUGAGCUGCAACCUUUCUGUUGCCAUGAUUUGGCAAAUGCCAUAUACUCACAAACUGCCAAAACAGUGUUCAGCCACCUUUACGGACGUGGCAUUAGUCUUAAUUUGACUGAUAAUUUUCAAUACACAGACUCUCCAAUCAGAAUUUGAUACAGAUUUUUCGAUGAGAUAAAACUCAUUUUCACAAGAACGUUUUUGCACUUAGCCUCGUUGUGAAUGUAAGAGUUUUUGGAACUCGGAAGUGGCCUAUUACUUUUGUUUUUUCCAGUAGUUUUACUAUCUGCUCAUGCGCAGAGCGCUAAAUUUGCAGAUCCAAAAUGGCGUUUUGCAGCUGAGUUACCACACGUCCAUGCAACCACGACUUUGCCGAACCAAAAUUAAGACAGUUUUCCUGUUCACACCAAAGUACAGACAUGUCCACUUAGCUGUGCAGACGCGUUUUGUGUGCUCCGAUCCUAAUUCACGAAUUUUUCUCUUAUCCUGAACCUACAUAUUCUGAAAACCAUUGACUGUACCGGCUAAAACUUUGAGAUGUUGGCGUUCAAAUUCUUGAGGGCUCGGUGUCUAGAUUUUUGUAAGGUUAAGGUGGUUUAUUGUGAACGUUCAUAACACCUUAACACACGAGUUUUCAACCGGUCGAAAAUUCGUCCGGUAGCGUGCGAACCUUAGCUAGGCAAACGAAAUGGACAAGCAAGGACUCGAGGAAAAUACACGCAACCAGCGUAGAGGGCUGGACCGGGUUGUUCAAACUGGGGUUAGUGUGAAAUUUGAAUUCUGAUAUGAAAGCUUAAAAAGUAAAUUCAGUUUCAUUCUUUUUGUCGACAAAUUGAUGAUUGGAUGCUCUUAAAAAUAACAGAGAAAACUAUCCGAGAAAAUACUUUUGAACGAAAAAGAGAAACCUGGGUUAAGCGCUAAUGUGGGCCCUGGAAAAUACUUAUUCCACAAAGUCAAGACUAGUUUUGUUUUAGCGUUGACGUGUUGAGAAUACGGCGAGAUAUUUUUCAGCCAUUUACAAAGAGAGCAUUGCAAAGUCAAAGCAAUCAGUAAAUUAUAUCCUCGCUCUAUUACAAACGCUUCAGCGUGAACGCAAAUAGAUAAAACCUUCUUAGAUAGACGUACCUGAAAAACGAAGAAUGUUAAAUAUUAAAUUAAAUCACAUCCAAGUUUGGGGGCUGAAGUAUAAGUAAGAAAAUACGGUGCUUUAUGUUGACAAAGAAAACAAUAUUAUCCAAAACGUAAACAAAAUCUUGGUGUCCAUAUGCAUUUUAAAUCAUAGUCUUUUGAUUACUCGGUUAGCUAAUAAAAGUUUAAAAGACGAAAGUGCGGGAUGCUUUUGAAUUGUAUUUAUUGAAUAAGUGUUGUGGUUCAAGACCAUCCUUGGCUUAAAUUUUAUUUGAAGAUUUUUUUUAAUUUGAUUUUAUUUUGUCUUAAGCUCAUUAUCAUACAUUACCAUAGCCAGAUCAAGGCCAAAAAAUUGAAACGCAAUAUAGUAUUUCCUGUUUUUUCCUCCAUUGCGCAGUUUGCAGUGCGUUGUGGUAGACAAAAAUAACGGCGAGAAGGGUCCCGAAUUAGGGAGUCUUAGCAACGACGACGGCGACGGCAAAGAGGACGUCAAAAAAGCAACAGGUUUAUUAAACGAAACAUCAAGUUUGCACGUGCAUCACGCUUUUUUGUACAUUUCUUUGCCGUUACUCCACGAUUACGACGUGAAAAUGCCUAAUUUCACGUUUUAUGGAGGACGUAAACAAGCGACAGGGAAAUUUUCUUUCUCUUUCUAAACUUGAGUCGGUCCCCAAGAAAUCAACGCCAGCGAAAUUUACCUACAUUAGACAUUUUCAAUGAAUUGGAAUUAACGCGAUAAAGUUUGAAAAACGCUAAGUCAUUUUAAAAGUGACGAUCUCGCUGUCGUAGCAGUUGUCGAUGCUAAAACUCUCUAUUGCCUCCUUGCAAUACGGUAAAACAGGUUUACGAACUUGAUACUAAAUAUCAGUUGUUCUAGGUUCAAUGAUAUACAUCUAUAAUCUCUUUGAACCUUUCCUAUGUCUGCCUUCAGCCCGCGUAUGUGGUUGUCACGAUUUCCUCAUCUGUUUGUUUAUGUAACAUCUUGUUUCCAAUCUUCCUCACCGCUGCUCUGAGCUCACGCAGUCUCCAACAGUACAAAAUUGGAUUGAUCGACGAAUUCAUGAAUACCACAGUCGUGGCUAAGUCCCAUUCAGGUCGCCAUUUUGCAUAUACCGUACCAAACAAGGCCAUUAAAAUAACAUUUGGAAAAAAACAAAUGACCAUGCAAACGUAAAACAAGAAAGUGCUGAAGGCGCUUUUUUUCAGACGCAACAUAAGGUGCUGGCUUCCAACGUUUGAGCUGUGUACGGCUUGUUCCUGGACGCGAAUCUGCAGUUGAUGGUGGCGAACAAUUCCGUAUAUUUUGAUGUAAAGAUAUGUGCAAAUAAUUAGACACAUAGCGGUGUAAAUUCCUGCCAGCAAGUGAUACCUAGGCUUGUUCCAAAAGUAAAGUCCCAGACAUAAGAAAGUGAACAACCAAGUUGCAACCACCGUGUACAGUACGCGAAGUUUAGUCACGAUUGAGGAAUAUCGCAUGUGAUAUUGCACGGCCAUGAACCUAUCAACGCAAAUCAAUGUGGUUGUGCCCAGAGAGACUCCGCAGACAAAAAAACCUACUAAAGAAGUCAGCGAGUGUAAUAACAGGUUUCUUUCUGUUAAGUUCUUGAACUCGUUAACAAGAAACAAUGGUUGAGCCAUGAUUCCCACCAGCAAAUCGGAAACAGCGAGACUUGAAAUCAUUAUCAUAGAAGGUGUUCGAAUGGAAGGAGUUUUCAAGAUGGCUGCUAGAACCAAAGAGUUCCCGGUGAUUGAUAUGAGAAUUAGCGGAAUGUUGAGUACGAAGUUCACAAUGACGAUUAUUUCGUGGUUAUUGACUGCCUUCUUGCCUUGGUCGGUGUAGUUUGUCAUAUUAUCCAGCCUUCGCUAAGUAGAAUACUUAAAACUUGCUGGUCCUUGACAGUGUUGUCCUGAAACAAAGCGUAAAGUCAGUGCUAAACAGUAACGAAAGAGUGACCAGUUUUCUAACCAAAAAAUUAAAUACAGCCUAAUCUGUUUUCUUUCGCAAAAUUGGUUUUCAAUUUGCAUCGACAAACUGCCACUACCCUGGAUUGUUUGCACCGUCCUGAAUUUUUGAUGCCAAUCUUGCUUUGAUAUAUGUUACCUUUGCACACAACUUUUUUUUCGUCUUUUCUACUGUUGAACAAACUUCCUUUUUCCGAGCACGCAACUGGUCUAUUUAAUCUUUCUAAACGAGCCUUGAAGGCUUUUGAAAUGUUGUUUUAAAUGUUCAGUCUGAAAUAAAGUAGGGGAACCGAGUUGUAUAUCAGUUAAAAGACUGAAUUACCAAUAUCAUGAUAUUGUCGUUCAAAUCACAACAUAAAAAGUUAAUCUCAUUUCCUUUACACCUUGUCUAUAACUUUGACGAACCAUUUGUCAAACUAAGUCUGAAUUAUUUAUUAUUUUAGUCUAAGUAGAAGGUUAUUUUGCGCAUCCUGAAAACUUUAUUGAAAACUUGUGUGAACAGCUGGAAAAUACAAAAACCUGAUUUUUGUAGAAUUGGAAAAAGCAACUGGGCCUUCAUUUUUGUUGCUAACGAUUCAUUUUUUUUACUAAUGAUAUUAACGAAAAAUUUACUACAGUUAAUCAGUUUGAUAGCAGUAACAAAGCGUCAAAGAUAUAAUUGCUUAAAAGCAGCAUUAAAUUGAGCAUAAAAUCAGUGCUCUGCUUAAUGGCUUGUCGUAGACGGACAAAUUAAUUUGUUCAUGUUUUGUUUAUCAUCUCAAGGCAACGAUAACAGGUGCAUCAGUGAACUUACAGGCUUGUUUUCUUCAACUUUCCAUCACGACGAAAUUUUCUUUCUCUUUCUGAACUUGAAUGUGGUUCUUAGGAAUUCAGUCAACUCCAGGCGUGUUCGUCUACAUUUCAGAGUAAGUGAAUUGGAAUAAUAGUGAUGAAGAUUAAAAGAAUGCGAAUGUAGUUUUUAAGCGACGUUUUCGCCGCGGCAUUCGUCCCCGGAUUGUAAGUCCCUGAAACGUCCCUUAGAUCCGAGGACGUCGACAGCGGAGAAAACGUCGCUUAAGAAUUGAAUUCGCGUUCUUUCAAUCUUCAUCGCUAUUAUUUCAACCAAAAGAUCAUGAUAUUGUGAUCUCUUGUUUGAACUCACUUGCUUUGUCACAUGUAGGCGAACUCUCCUGGAGUUGAGUUCCUAAAGACACUAUUCAAAAUCAGAUUGAGAAAGAAAGUUUCGUGGACGCUAUUUUACGUCCUCCAUAAAACGUGAAAUUAAGUAAUUUCACGUCGACGUUGUGCAGUGACGGCAAAGGAAUGUACUAAAAAGUUCCUUGCACGUCCAGAGUUGUUGUUUUGCUAAUCAAACCUUUUGACGUUCUGGUUUUGCCGUGUAGCCGUCGGCGGAUGUUGAGGUCUCUAAUAACAGAAUGAUGUUAUGGGCCGAGUGUCUCGACAAAGCUCGACACGUUUUUCACCGCCCAUAACCGACAAACUUUGAACACGACAAACAAAAUUUAUCAAAUAAACCGGGAUAUCGAGUCAUAACGUAGCCAUACUCUGACUAUACUGACUGAAGUUACGAAAGUGCAUGUGACAUAUGUUUCUAGAUCAACGGUUCUUUCCAUUAAAAACCGACUUUAGAAAGCAAUAAUAACUUGUCCAGUCUUCAGAAAAUUUUUACCGUUAGGUCUUGGAUAAUCACAGUCUCGUCAAUUGAAAGUUUAAAGAGGAAAAUGAGUAUGUACAAGAAAAAAUGUUUCGAAACUUACCUGUAAUUCAGGUUACAGUUGCCCCAAAAUAAGACACUGAAAUAAGAUUCAAGUCUACAUGCUUAGUAAAUAGCAUAUAAGUAAGGUGUAAAAGCUCUCCAAGCUUGUCCUCUCGGGCCAAUAUAUGCUUUAAUGGCACCAAAUUUCCUCAAGGUAAUUAUGAGCCCAUCGAGUCAGGAUGUUAACACCCUGGUUAGAAAUAGCCGACGACCAAUCAAUUUUGGUCCAUAAUCGUAAUCGAAACAAAUGGUAACAAAACAAACUAUACAAACUACGAAAAACACUUACCUGUAGUAGUUAGGUAGCACCGUAAAAGCCCAACUUCCUAAGGUCAAGGAGAAAUACAGCUCCCAAUUCGAGUACUGCUAACAAUCCACCUUUCCACUGCAAAGAAGACCCUUAUGCUUGAUAAUAUAUUCACGAUCUUUGGGUUUGUUUUUACGGGAUUUCGGGCAGUGCGUCACUUGAGGAUGAUGAGUAUUACGAUCGACAUUUUUGUGACACCAUGAUUUUAAUAGGAAAGUAGAUUUCCAUCCCCAAAACUUCCCGUAAGAAUGUGAAAGCAAGCUAGUCCUCUUAAGUAUAUUAUUUAGCGGUGCGCAUACGGGCAGCGGCCGAAGUAUGUAUUGUCCUUGGCUAAUAUGAACGCGGAACAUUUUCUAUCUUGUUUUCAGUUUUGAAUGGGAGCUUUAGCAACGACGUUGGCGACGAAUUCACCUUUUUUUUUAAACAUUAUCGUGUUUAUUCCAGAGUGAGCUCGCAUAAAAUGCCGGUCAGAUGUAGAUGAAUUUCCCAGGCGUUAAAGUGCUGAGCAGCGCAUCAUAGUUUAGUGUCGCAUAGUGAAAUUUCACGUCGUGUUCGGGCGGGACAGCAAAGGCGUGCUGUACGUGUAAAAUCAGCAAGAAAACGGAAGUUUUUGAAAACUCAUUAGUGUAGACAAGGCCUAAAAACUUUUCGUUUAUAUAGUUCCUUCUCUUAAAGACAUACACCUAUUUAACAGUAAGUCCUUUUCGAUCGCGGAAAAAAAUAUUAAUAAUGUCGCCACCUUGUAAACUGUGCCAACAUAAGGUUUCUAAACGUUCUACUGCGCCUCUUGCAAAAAGCAAGAAAAGCUAAGAAUCAAUUAAGUGUACCUAAAAGCUAUAAAACGUACUUAUCUCUCUGACUUACAGUCACGUUUACGGUAAACCGCAAAGUCCGUUUCAAGUUGAGAAUUUCUCAAAAUAGAAAAUAACACAAUUCUUAUGGGUGACAAUGGCGUGAAAUUACUAAUUUUUUUGUAGACGUAAUGAACAGUAAUAGUCAAGCCAAGGGAAAACUUGGCCACGUGGUACAAAUUCACGUUGUUAGUUGCCGUUUGCCGUAAACAUUACUCUGAGUCUCUCUUAUGUCUACAAAAUUCCGUGCUGCAAUUUUUCAUGGAGUUAUAUUAGAGAAACGGGUAGAUCUUUCGCUACAAACGAGCAGUGUGAAAACAGCGGGUUAAAGGCUCCAGAAUUCGCUAAUCAUGCUUUGUCUCAUAACCAUCGGAUAUUGAUUUUAAAAACACCUCGAUCUGUGAAGCUUAUAGACAAUGGUAAUUAUCGCGUUGGAAUGUUUCUGGAAUCCUGGCAGACCAUGCUCACCAGUAUUGGCGACAUUAUUAACUCUUGCCUUUCCCCACGGCAAUAUAGCGUUCUUUUUAGCAAAAAAUUUCUCAAUAUAUUCUUUCUUAAUUUUCUUUCUAUAUGGUUAAUUGAAUUUUUAUUCUAUUGUAUUAUGUUAGAAUCGUUUUCAGUUUUAAAUCAUUUCGUCCCUUUAAGACCGCAGAGCAACCGGUCGAAAGCUCGUAUUUCUUAAAACAUUUUUAGAGAGCUCUUCUUCAGCACUUUAAUAGAGAGCCACGGCAACGAGAACGUCAAAAAAGUAACAGGUUUAAUUAGCAGAUCGUCAACUUUCCAUCACGACGAAAUUUUCUUUCUCUUUCUGAACUUGAAUGUGGUUCUUAGGAAUUCAGUCAACUCCAGGCGUGUUCGUCUACAUUUCAGAGUAAGUGAAUUGGAAUAAUAGUGAUGAAGAUUAAAAGAAUGCGAAUGUAGUUUUUAAGCGACGUUUUCGCCGCGGCAUUCGUCCCCGGAUUGUAAGUCCCUGAAACGUCCCUUAGAUCCGAGGACGUCGACAGCGGAGAAAACGUCGCUUAAGAAUUGAAUUCGCGUUCUUUCAAUCUUCAUCGCUAUUAUUUCAACCAAAAGAUCAUGAUAUUGUGAUCUCUUGUUUGAACUCACUUGCUUUGUCACAUGUAGGCGAACUCUCCUGGAGUUGAGUUCCUAAAGACACUAUUCAAAAUCAGAUUGAGAAAGAAAGUUUCGUGGACGCUAUUUUACGUCCUCCAUAAAACGUGAAAUUAAGUAAUUUCACGUCGACGUUGUGCAGUGACGGCAAAGGAAUGUACUAAAAAGUUCCUUGCACGUCCAGAGUUGUUGUUUUGCUAAUCAAACCUUUUGACGUUCUGGUUUUGCCGUGUAGCCGUCGGCGGAUGUUGAGGUCUCUAAUAACAGAAUGAUGUUAUGGGCCGAGUGUCUCGACAAAGCUCGACACGUUUUUCACCGCCCAUAACCGACAAACUUUGAACACGACAAACAAAAUUUAUCAAAUAAACCGGGAUAUCGAGUCAUAACGUAGCCAUACUCUGACUAUACUGACUGAAGUUACGAAAGUGCAUGUGACAUAUGUUUCUAGAUCAACGGUUCUUUCCAUUAAAAACCGACUUUAGAAAGCAAUAAUAACUUGUCCAGUCUUCAGAAAAUUUUUACCGUUAGGUCUUGGAUAAUCACAGUCUCGUCAAUUGAAAGUUUAAAGAGGAAAAUGAGUAUGUACAAGAAAAAAUGUUUCGAAACUUACCUGUAAUUCAGGUUACAGUUGCCCCAAAAUAAGACACUGAAAUAAGAUUCAAGUCUACAUGCUUAGUAAAUAGCAUAUAAGUAAGGUGUAAAAGCUCUCCAAGCUUGUCCUCUCGGGCCAAUAUAUGCUUUAAUGGCACCAAAUUUCCUCAAGGUAAUUAUGAGCCCAUCGAGUCAGGAUGUUAACACCCUGGUUAGAAAUAGCCGACGACCAAUCAACGCGCGCGAACAAGAUUCAGUUUAUUUCAAUAAAUUAUAAUCAGCUCAUUAAUUAAUUCGUGUAGUCGCCAUGUCAAAAACAGUAUUCAAGACCCUGCUUAGAUUCAUUUGAGGGCCAACAUUGGUUUCCUAGAGACUCACUUCCUCUUAGAACGAAUGCUGCCAUUUCAUAAACAAAUGGCCCAAAAAAAGGCAUUAAAAAAUUCACAUUUUGCGAUUUUGACAAGCAGCAAUACGGCUUGGUGUUAAAAACAAUAAAACCUUUUCUUAAAUUUUUACACAUGUUUAGACGGCACAUUCGUCGACAGCAAUGAAACAUUUUGAACUUACCGUUGAAUCGUAUAAACCUGACUCUCUCUUCCACGCCAUAUAUUGUAACUUUUUAGUACGCGAUAUUGUAAACUAAUGUAAUGCUCUAAUUUUUCUCUCAAUGUGACAAUCCAAUUUUUCUCGCCCAAUGUAAAAUAAUGCAUCAGUGAUCUCAAAUCGAUGACAGGUGCAACUUUGGAAACUUGUCCGAAAAAUCAAAGUCAGUUGUUAUGUUUCUAAGAUUAUCCCGCGAAGAAUUCAAAAUUUUUCGAAAGGUAACGCACUUCCAGGCUUGCAACCACUCCCUUUAUACCCAGACUUAUCAGCCUUGAGUAACAAUUUUCCGCUUGUGUGUUUCUUAAUGCCUCAUUGACACAAAGGAUUAAACAUGUUUAGAAUUUUAGAAAACACUGUGUAGUAAAAUAUGGUUCAAAAUUGUUUUCUCCGUAAAAGCUGCUUACUGACUUUUGGCUAUUGCAAAUUAUGUGCAAAUUACAGAGCAUGUUAAAGUUGAUUGAAUCUUGUGUAAAGGUCUGAGUUUGAGUUUUCCAUUACCGAGUUAUUUCCAUUUUUCUUUCUUGAAACCUGGUUUAAUUAAACAUGUUUAGUUGGUGUGAAUGGGCAUUAGCUUGAUUGAAGAGCUCUGAAUCGCUUUUAAAAAAUUUACCCUUGUACUCUCUCAUAUCGGUCUAUUUACAUUUUACUUGCUUGUUUAGUGACAUCAGAUAAUAACACAUUAACAUUAAGGGAGUAAUUUAACAAAAACAUUAAUGCUCUAACGACGGGGUAGAAAUAGCAGAAAGAUUUUCAAAGGUAUUAUAACUGCUCGAGGGACUUUUUAUUUUCGAAGAGGUAAUGGGCUGAGAUUUACAGUAUCGUUGUAUAUCUUAUACGUUCAUGUAUAAGGCAACAUUCUUACAGCAAUGGAAAAAUGUUCGACCGGUAGAAAAUUCGUGCGUAAAGUGUUUCGUUCAUACUGAACCAACCUAACCGUACGAAUAUUUAGACGUCUAGCUGUGGCGUUCAAAAUUCGUAUGAACAGAGCGAAAAUUUUGAAUGGUUCCUUGUAAACGAUUUGUCCGGUCAAUUAUUCAGCCUGUCGAAAAUUCGUCGUAUCAAGAACGCAGCCUAAUCCAGACUCUUCUCAGCAUGCAUAUAAGUCACCACAAACAUACCCGCACGCCCAUAGAUCUAUCACGUCUCUGCGUCAAGUCUCUAGAGAUCUUUGUUUACUUUUCUUAAUUCAUUCGUUUCACUUCUCUUUGCUUCGUUUUCUUUCGUUCUAGUGCCGGUGUUGGCCGCACAGGUGUGCUGAUUUUUAUGGAGACGGUGUUUAACAUGAUCGAGGCAGCAGAACCUAUUUUUCCACUGGAAAUUGUUCGGCGAAUGAGAGAUCAAAGGUGCUCGCUCAUACAAACUCCGGUAAGUAAAGCACUUACGACUUAAUCAUCACGCAAAUGCGACAGUCCCCGCGAAUCCGUUUUUUUUCAUUGUCUCUUCUCAUUCACUUUUAAAAUUCAAAUUCAAAUUCAUUUUUCUUUUUUUAUAAUUAUUUAUGUAGGGUCAGUUUAUAUUUGUCCUGGAAGCUUUGUUGAGAGCAUAUGAUGGUAAGUCGAAAAAGCUUUGA